AUGGAGAAACCCGACCACGAAGCCAGAGAUGAGGAGGCAAACGCUCAGUACCUCGAGGUGAACCCUAAGGCUGAGCAUGGUGCAGAUAGCCCGCUUCCUACACCGGUGUCGACACCAGCUCCCAAGUCGUCGAAACCCAGGAUACCUAUCACCGUCAUCAUUCCAGUCUGGAUUGUGCUGUCUUCGGCCGUCAUCAUAUACAACAACUACCUCUAUAACACCCUGAACUUCAAGUUCCCUGUCUUCCUUGUCACCUUCCACUUGACAUUUGCGGCCAUUGGAACGCGGAUACUACAGAGGACGACCCAUCUCCUCGACGGUGUCAAAGAUGUACACAUGACGAAGCAGAUGUUCAUGCGCUCCAUUCUCCCCAUCGGUCUCCUCUUCUCCGGCUCCCUUAUCCUUUCCAAUACCGCCUACCUCCAUCUCUCGGUCGCUUAUAUUCAAAUGCUCAAGGCUUUCAACCCAGUGGCCAUUCUUCUCAUUCAGUGGACAUUCCGCCUCAAGGACCCUAACCGCAGGUUGGCUGCAAUUGUGCUGAUGAUUUCGUGCGGUGUUGCCAUGGCCUCGCACGGAGAGCUUCACUUCAACCUGCUCGGUUUCCUCACCCAAGCCGCUGCCGUUGCCUUCGAAGCGUCCCGCCUCGUCAUGAUCGAAAUUCUCCUCCAUGGCCUCAAGAUGGACCCCCUCGUCUCCCUGCACUACUACGCACCCGUCUGCGCGCUCAUUAACCUUCUCGUCAUCCCUUUCACGGAGGGUCUUGCGCCUUUCUACGAACUCAUGAACCUCGGGCCACUCAUCCUCCUUUCGAAUGCGGCGGUGGCGUUCUUCCUCAACGUUGCUGCUGUAUUCCUCGUCGGUGUUGGCAGCGGGCUUGUGUUGACCCUCGCGGGCGUGUUCAAGGACAUCCUGUUGAUCACCGGAAGUGUGCUCAUAUUUGCGACGAUGAUCACGCCGUUGCAGGUUAUCGGUUACUCCAUCGCACUCGGCGGUCUCAUCCUUUACAAGACCUCAGGAUCAAAAUAG